AUGUCGACAUCGCGCGACGCCUCGCUCGCGCGCAUGACCGAGCGCGUGGCCCUGCUCGAGCGCGAGCGUCGCGGUGGGACGUCGACCGCGGACGACCCCGCGCGCGCGCGCGUCGCCGCGAGCGCGAUCGCCGUGAACGCGACGUCGAGGGAGACGAGCGAAUGCGCGGGACCGCGCGCGGAGGACGGUGGCGCGGCGUACGGUGGGCGCGUCUUCGGCGUCGCGAUGGAGGAGACGCGCGCGUUCGCGGUGGCGAGCGCGCUGUGCGUCGUCUUCGUCGGCGCGUCGUGUUACUUCGAGGAGUACAUGUAUAGACAACUGCCGGCGUUUGAUUACUACUGGACGGUGGCGCUGGCGGAGCUGUUGGCGUUCACGUUGAUCGCGAGCGCGAGUGCGAUCGCGAAUGGGACGCUGCGAGCGAAAAGGAAGGCGCCGAUGGAGCUGUACGCGGCGCAGGCGCUGUUGUUGGCGGCGUACAGCGCGGUGGGGAAGUUGUGUUACAAGUGGAUCAACUACGCCACCGGGACGGUGUUGCGGAGCUCAAAGUUAGUGUUCACGAUGGGAAUCUCAACGAUCUGGUUGAAACGGAAAUAUAAACUCCACCAAAUGGUUGCGGCCGUGCUCUUAGUCGUCGCGGUGGCGUUUUUUGGCAUCGCCGAACACGAAGUCGGAGGUCAAAAGGAACCAGAGGUGGCGGCGACGGACGACGGCGACGCGUCGAUCGGUUUGGGACGAGACGCAAAGUUCGCUCUGGGGUUCGGCUUGUCUGUGGUGGCAAUCUUCUUAGGUUCUCUGCAGAGUAACGUAUCCGAGCACGCGAUGCGCAACCACGGCGCGAGCGUGCAGGAGAAUAUUCUGUACUCGAACGCCAUAGGGACCGUCUUCGCCCUGGCCGCCGUGGUUUUCAUAGAGGGCAACGCCUCGUUGCGCUACAUGCGCACCGUUCCCGGCGCUUUCCCCUUGCUCCUGGCGCGCUCGGUUACGUUUUAUCUCGGCGCUUACACGUUCUCCAUCAUCGCCAAACAUUUUGGCGCCACCGCCGCCACCGCCGUGAGCACUCUGCGCAAAGCGCUCACCGUCAUCGUGUCUUUCAUCGCCUUCCCAGCGGACAAGCCCUUGGCGGGAUACUUCGCCAUCGGUCUCGUCGUCUUCCUCCUAUCCGUCUUCGUCGAAUCGGCGCACCACUUCAAAGCGUGCUUCGACCGCGUCGCCAGGGCGCAGCGCGGCGAAUACGCCAGGGACGAUUCGGUCUGA